AUGUUUGAGUUACCUGUUAUAGAUGCAGGACAAAUUGCUCAUUCAUUACCAACAAGCCCUCGUAGAACAAUCGUAACCGACUCUCGUAAAGCUUUAGUUCUUGAUCUUGAUGAAACGUUGAUACACACAUCAACCUUUCCACCACAUUCAGAUGUUGAAUCACUCAAAUUCGAUGAUUCUCCAGAUUACGUUUUCUUACGACCAAAUGUCAGAAUAUUUCUUGACAAAGUUUCAGAACUAUUUGAAGUAUUCAUAUUUACGGCUGGUACUCAGAACUAUGCAGAGCGAAUUCUUGAUCUACUUUGCCCUCAAAUUGAUCAUUUUCAUAGAUUUUAUAGAGAUUCUUGCAAAAUUAGAGGAAACAAAUGCAAGAAGGACCUUAGCAAGUUCGGAAGACCACUUUCUCAUGUAAUUAUGGUUGAUGAUAAUUAUCAUAUGAGAGAUUUGUAUCCACAAAAUACUAUUUAUAUAGACAAAUGGACUGGAACUCCAUAUGAUACUACUCUUCUUGACAAAUUACUUCCACUUCUUGAAACUUGCGCAAUUUCCGAUGAUGUAAGGCCUAUAGUUAAAGACCAUGGCGAAGAAUGCCGCCAGACAAGGAAAUUAUUUUACUAA